AUGUUAGCUGCGAACUGGGGGGAAGAGCUCCGGGAUGAGCUGGUUUGUUCUAUCUGCCUGGACUCCUUUAAAGACCCAGUGAUUCUAGACUGUGGGCACAGUUACUGCCAAGCCUGUAUCACCAAGUGCUGGGGGGCGUCGGGCACAGGCCUUUGCCCCCAGUGCAGGAAACCUCUCCCCAAGCGGGAGCUGAGGCCUAACAAGUCGCUGGAGGAGGCGGUGAACAUAGCGAGAGGCCUAGAUGAAGAAUGCGAGAAACAUGAAGAAGUUUUGAAGUUCUUCUGCAAAGAGGACCGGACCCUCGUCUGCAGGGUUUGCAGAGAGUCUCGAGAACACAGAGCUCACACAGUCAUCCCCAUCGAGGCAGCUGCAGAGGAGUUUAAGGAGCAGCUUCUGAGUCAUCUGAGUCAUUUUCAGCGUGUGAGAGACGAGCGAGGGAGACGGGUAGCUGCUGAAGAAGGGAAAUAUCAAACUCUACUGGAGAAGACAGAACGCCAGAAGCAGGAGAUUGUGUCUGAAUUUAAGCGAAUGCACCAGAUUUUGAAGCAGGGAGAACAACUCCUGCGGAACUGCCUGGAAGGCACAAUACAGGAUCUUGUGAAUACGAGGAAUAAAAAUACCAACAGAUGUUCUGGGGGGCUAUUACUACUUGAUAACCAGAUAGCUGAGCUAAAUCAGAAGUGCCAGCAGCCAGAGAUUGAACUCCUCAAGGACAUUGACAGCACCUUAAGCAGGUGUGAGCAGGUGAAAGGUGAAGAGGAGGCACCUGUUGAUUCUUUGACUGAACUGGAGAGCAGAGUGCAGACUCUCUCUGAAAGCCAGAAAGCUAUAUAUUAUCUACUGAAGAAUUUCAGAGUGGAAUUGGGUCCUCUUGAAAACCUCUCAUCUGCUGUUAAGAGACAAGUGAGUUGUGAAGACCCAACGGAGGAGGUUCCCAACAACCCUAAACAAGAUGAUACUUCUGGUUUCCUGCUGAAGUGUGAGGAAGGCAAACUCAACUCAGCUCGUUGUGAGGAGCAAGAAGUUGUUCCCACUGAUGGACAGAAUAAUUUAACUGACUUCAUAAAUGUUGAGCCGAAGGAAGCCAGAGGUCAUUGGUUUGACUCCAAGGUGAGGAGAAGUGGUGCAUGGAAAAUCCUAGCUGCUGUCGUAGCUGCAGUUCUACUUGCAGUUAUCCUUCCCGCAGUGAUUGCUUGGUCAGUGUCAAAGGCCAGUGUGACUCCUCCCGACAGUCCUGCCGCCUGCUGCCCUGAACACUGGAUUGGGUACCAAGGAAAAUGUUACCUUUUCUCUGACGAUGAAGCAGACUGGACCUUCAGCCAACAUUCCUGCUCUUCCCACGGUGCCUCCUUGGCUUGGCUUGACACCCUGCAGGAAAAGGAUUUCUUGAUGCGACAUAAGGGCAACCUUGAUCCCUGGAUCGGUGUCAGAAAGGAACCGGGCCAGCCCUGGAAGUGGACAAAUGGCUCAGCAUUCAGCGACUUGUUUCAAAUAGGAGGAGGAGGAGAAUGUGCCUAUAUAUAUGGAAUCACUGCCCGCAGUUCAACGUGCGACACAAAGAGGAACUGGAUCUGUAGCAAACCUGAUGAAUUUGCGAAGAGAAAGAUUUCUUAA